AUGCCACCAAGACAUCGGCGAAGGAAGAGCAUUCCCGCUCCAUUCCUGUUUGUCAAUGAGGACGCGAGUACGGUAACGGGCACGGGCAAUGACGCUCAACGGAACAGGGCAAAGCAAAGCCACGUACAGAGACGAGGUUUCGCAGAACGCACCAAGACCGAAAGAUCACAUGAAUCUGCGCUGUCAGGUCAUUCUCAAGCAGGAGGAUUCAAGCCAGAAGGAAGCGGACAGCCAUCUGUACCUCUGACUCUUCAGCAGCGCCAAUCAGCUUAUAGCCACCCCGUGUCCGUGCCACGGAGCGAGCCGAGCUCGUCAGUGCUUCCUGUGCAACAUCAGACCGAGCCGAAUACGGUCAUAGGCCCAAUCAGCGCCGGCCCUCACCACUCGAUCAAUCACUACCAUUUCUACCAGCAGGCUGCACCUGCGCCCCUACCGACCUCACAGAUUAUAGCACUGCACGACGUCAACACCGCGCUCAAUAACCCUCUCAGAUCAUCCACAGUCCAUCCAUUGCUUAACGACCGCUACCAGCUCCUGCAGAAAUGGACGCCCACGCUUAUGAGCUACUGGACCACGACCCUCCUUCCAGAGAAGUUUUAUCCAGAUUCCCGCAUCGUCCCUGUUGCUCAGAUGCGGCACGCCCAAUACUUUCACAACGAGUUGCAAUUGAGUCUGACAAAGCCCGCUCACGCGUACGCCUUUCUCGCCAACAUCUCUGUGCAAAUGCUACGGAAGGAGGGCCGUCUCCUGAUACCUUCCUCACAUAGUCCAGCCGAUCUCUACUCUUCAAGCACUUCCUCGCCACAUGAAAGCCAUGUGGCCGACGCUCGCAUUCCCGAGCUCUUCAAAGCACACGCCAUCUCUGCUAUCCGGAACGAGCUCUCUGCCAAUCCUCUCUCCCACGACACAGCGCAAGACGUCCUUCACCUGCUCGCGACCGCGUAUCACCAGAACAACAUGGAAGCAGCACGGCCACACUACCAAGCCCUUCUGCGUAUGAUCAACACACUCGGAGGACUAGGAACAUUCAGCGCUUACUUUGCCGAGACUAUGUUCUUGCUGCAUUGGUCAGCGAAUCUCAAAGGCCUGAGUAGACCGACACUGCCCGUCAAGAGCUUCGAUCCCGGAGAGGGACCAGAUGACGUGUGUGCAGUUGUCUCGCAGCUUCGAAAUGCAAGCCCGCUCACAUCUGGCUUCAGUCGCUUAGCACAGCAUAGCUUCAUGGUCAGCCCACAGUUGCUCCAGCUGGCGCAGUCACUCGCAGACGUCAUCCUCUUCGCCCGAUACGCCGAGUUACAACCACUUUACGUUCCUGCGCACUUUAGGUGGAUUGACACGCGACAUAUAGCAGUAGGGUACCACCUGCUGUCAUUGCCACCCGAUGUGAUGUACGGCAAGAUCAAUGAGGCAAUAAGGAUAGCGAUGAUCUUCAGCACUGCGCUGACGAGAAGUCCGCGGAGUGGACAAAGCUGCGCGAGUAUGAGCGUUGGCUUGUCGAGGUUGAGAGACUUGAUCGUCGGCUCGGAUGGGACAACAAGACUGUGGAGCAAUAUCGACGGCGGUACUCAAGCUUUGCUCUGGAUCAGUGUCGUCGGCGGCCUGACAUCUGGAUGGAAGAACCCGGACUCGAGAAAGUGGUUUCGCAGUCUUGCUCAGCAGUGUGGCGAGAAGCUGUGCAUCGACAAGAUCGACUCCGAGCACAGUGCGACACAAGCGAUGAACGACUUCGGACAAGGUUUUGAGCUGCAACAUACUGGUGAGCUUACUUUCACAGCAAACACCUCCACUACGUAUCUAGAGACACCACUAGACCAAGGGGAUCCCUCACAGAUCGCAGUUACUACGUCGAGUGAUCAGCCAUACGAUUACACCACGGCGGUUCCCAUCCCAGAACGAGCCACAGACGACAGCGACAGGUCCGAAGCGCCAGAAGGAGGGCCUGAACAUCGAAUUGACAUUGUAGGCGAGGUCAACGCAGAAGAUGAGCAAGCCACUUGGGAAGCGGACACUUUCACCAGUCCGGGCGGACUUGUACCUGUAGCUGCGACAAAAGCACCAGGUCGCCAAGUGAAGGAAGAAUGGCAGUGUGUUCAAGACAUCCUAUUGAGGUUCAUCUGGGACGAGGCACUUGAGGGCGGGCCGUUGCAGACGUUCUGGUCGGAAAUGCCAGAACAUGGAGCACUUGUAUUCUAA